CGGUCGUCCGGGGUUAGGAUCUGAGGUUGGGGGGGGUGGUGUUGGUCCGUUCAGGGCGGGGGAUGACUCACAGCCCAGCCCAUCUCCCCGACGUCGCCCGCCCGCGCAGAGCUCGCUCCAUGGCUUAGCGGAGGAGGCGGUGGCGAGCAGGGGGAGGGGGACUCUUAUUUUGUUAGGGGGACCGGGCUGAAGCCCGACCGGCCUGGCAGGGCUCGCCCGGGGCCGGGCGUCAUGUCUCAUGUGGCCGAGCCAGCUCGGGACGGCGGCGUAGAGGCCAGCGCGGAGGGCCCUCGAGCCGUGUUCGUGCUGCUGGAGGAGCGCAGGCCGGCCGACUCAGCCCAGCUGCUCAGUCGGGGUCACAAUGGGCUGUUAUCCUGGGGGUGCCCCUACUGUGGACAAUGUGGGCUCCCAUUCAGCAGCCUGAGAAACAGGAGGGGCCUGAACUCUCUGCUUCCUGAAUCCGGGAUUGUUGCUGACAUCGAAUUAGAAAACGUCCUUGAUCCGGACAGCUUUUACGAGCUCAAAAGCCAGCCCCUGUCACUACACUCAAGCCUCCCAAUAUCACUGCAGGCCACACCAGCCACCCCAGCUACACUGUCUGCAUCAUCUUCUGCAGGGGGCUCCAGGACCCCUGCCAUGUCCUCUUCUUCUUCAUCGCGGGUCCUGCUGCGGCAGCAGCUCAUGCGGGCCCAAGCCCAGGAGCAGGAGAGGCGUGAGCGUCGGGAACAGGCUGCAGCCUCUCCCUUCCCCAGCCCUGCACCUGCCUCUCCUGCCAUCUCUGUGGUCGGUGUCUCUGCCGGGGGCCACACGUUGGGCCGUCCUCCCCCUGCUCAGGUGCCCCGGGAGGUGCUCAAGGUGCAGACACAUCUAGAGAACCCGACACGCUACCACCUGCAGCAGGCCCGCCGGCAGCAGGUCAAACAGUACCUGUCCACCACACUCGGGCCCAAGCUGGCUUCCCAGGCCCUCACCCCACCCCCGGGGGCUGCGAGUGCCCAGCCGCUCCCGGCCCCUGAGGCCGCCCAUGCUACCGGCCCUACAGGCAGCGCCCCCAACAGCCCCAUGGCACUGCUCACCAUCGGGUCCAGCUCAGAGAAGGAGAUUGAUGAUGUCAUUGAUGAGAUCAUCAGCCUGGAGUCCAGUUACAACGACGAGAUGCUCAGCUAUCUACCUGGAGGCACUGCGGGGCUCCAGCUCCCCAGCACGCUGCCUGUGUCAGGGAACCUGCUGGAUGUGUACAGUAGUCAGGGUGUAGCGGCACCCGCCAUCACUGUCAGCAACUCCUGCCCAGCGGAGCUGCCCAACAUCAAACGGGAGAUCUCCGAGACGGAGGCCAAGGCCCUUCUGAAGGAGCGGCAGAAGAAGGACAAUCACAACCUGAUUGAACGUCGCAGGCGCUUCAACAUUAACGACAGGAUCAAGGAGCUGGGCACCCUCAUCCCCAAGUCCAGUGACCCGGAGAUGCGCUGGAACAAGGGUACCAUCCUCAAAGCCUCUGUGGAUUACAUCCGCAAGUUGCAGAAGGAGCAGCAGCGCUCCAAGGACCUGGAGAGCCGCCAGCGGUCCCUGGAGCAAGCCAACCGCAGCCUGCAGCUCCGAAUCCAGGAGCUCGAACUGCAGGCCCAGAUCCAUGGUCUGCCGGUCCCUCCCACCCCGGGGCUCGUCUCCCUGGCCACGACUUCAGCCUCUGACAGCCUCAAGCCAGAGCAGCUGGAUGUUGAGGAGGAGGGCAGGCCGGGCGUAGCAACGUUCCACGCAGGGGCGGGCCCUGCCCAGGGUGCUCCCCAUCAGCAGCCCCCAGUGCCACCCUCAGACACCCUUCUGGACCUGCACUUUCCCAGCGACCACCUGGGGGACCUGGGAGACCCCUUCCACCUGGGGCUGACGGACAUUCUGAUGGAGGAGGAGGAAGGGGUGUUGGGGGGACUGUCGGGGGGCGCCCUGUCCCCAUUGCGGGCUGCCUCUGACCCCCUGCUCUCUUCCGUGUCCCCCACUGUCUCCAAGGCCAGCAGUCGCCGAAGCAGCUUCAGCAUGGAGGAGGAGUCCUGAUCAGGCUUCACCCCUCCUCUGGGGUUUCCCCACCCAGAAAAGGAGGGCAAGCCGAGAGGAGGCCCUGCCUUUCCCUCCCCCUCCCAUGAGACUGCCCUGCCCAGGUGUUCCGGGGAAGAGAUGGGACCCCACCCCUUUCCCACAGGCCCAGCCAGCGCCAUGGCAUCCGGGCCUGUCUCCGGGAGAUCACAGCAUCUCCUUUGCCCAGUGGGAUCCGCCCUCGCCCAGGUGAGGGAAGAAGACAGGAUGAGGUCUGUCCCUGUCCUCUGGGACUGUCCUAGCCAGUCCGGGGAUAAGGGUAUGUCAGGAUCCGUUCCAGCCCCCGUCUUGUAGUGGCCAGUCUACUCCAUCCUGGCAGGGAAGAGGAGUUCAAAUGAUGGAGUUCCCACCCUGGGGCUUAAGCCCUCCCCUUUCACCGUGAUCCCUGCCCUGCCGAGGCCAGGAGCAGAAUGAGGAUGAGAGCCGAACCCUUUACCUGGGAACUCGGGUCAUGGCCCAGCAGUGGAAGAGCCAGUCUAUGCCCCUUCCCUAUAGGAGCGGCCCAGCGCCAGUAUUUCUGGUAUGGAGAAGUCCGCAGACCAGGCCGCCACACCACGUGGAGGUCACAGCCCUUAUUCCUAGCAGCAUCCCCGCCAAGCAUUCCACUGCAGGGAGGAGGGCGCUUAAGCCCCUGCCUUAACCUGAGAGAACAGCUCUGAGCCGACCUUGCCCUUGGGAAAGGGGAUCGAUUUUGAAAUCUCAUGGGUUGACAUUCCAGACCUAGAUCAGAAGUGAGAGUUAGACCCCCUACCCUCGGGCAGACUCCUGCCUCCUUCCUUGAAGGGCAGAUUGGGGAGGUGAUGGGGAGUAGGGGAUACUGAGUCCAAGUCCCAGAACCAGCACCCAUGACUUAUUUUUGCUGCAUAGAGGAGCAGGAUGAAGGAAGGGGUCCUUCCGGGGGUCUCUCCAGGCCAAGAAAAAGAAGCAUCUCCCGCCCAGGUGGAGGUUGGGGGAGGGGCUGUUAAAUCCUGUACCCUUCUUUUGUUUAUCUGAUUUUUUACUGAUCGCCACCCCUACUCAGAAGUUGAUCACCCCAACCUCUGGCCUCUACCCAGUUCUCCGUUUGGAGGACCCUUCCCCAUUUCAGAGCUAUCAACAGACACUCCCCACCCAUCCUCACCCCUCCUGUAAUGUCUAUUCAAGAUUGUCAGCUUUGGAUUAUUGGGGCCAAGUCUCAAGGAUGGUGUACUGAGGGGUCUGUAGGUUUGUGAUUAAUAAAUGCUAGGCGUGUUUGAUGCGCUUUUAACUUUGGCAAA